AUGGCAGAUUUGUGGACCCUUUUUCUUGCUUGUGCGGUAAUAAUUUUGUAUGUGUGGUGGAAGAAAACCUCUAGGGACUCCUCCUUACCCCCGGGUCCACCCACCAUUCCUUUCCUAGGAAAUCUACUCUCUGUGUCUCCUGAUACUAUGUUGGAGAAUUUCCAGACUUACAGAAAAAAGUAUGGAGAUGUUUUCAGCUUGAUUACAGGUACCAGGACAAUGGUUGUUGUGAACGGAAUGGACACCAUUCGAGAUAUUUUCAUUAAGCAUGGGGACAUCGUUUCCGAAAGGCCAGAUCUUUUUGCAACCAAAGAAAUAUCCAAGUAUAAAGGUGUCAUCCUCUCCUCGGGGGAAUUUUGGAAAGAGCAAAGAACAUUCAGUCUAAAUGCUCUCAGAGAGUUUGGAUUUGGAAAACGAAGCUUGGAAUCUAAAAUAUUGGAGGAGGUGGAUGUUUUUGUCAACGAAGUUCAGUCAACAAAUGGACAACCAUUCAAUAUGCAAGCUUUGAUAACUGUAUGCGUCUCAAAUAUUAUGUGUUCAAUUAACUUUGGUGAAAGAUUUGAACAUAAUGACAAAUAUUUCACGUCACUCAUCAAAACAAUUAACGAAAAUCUAAGCAAUGGAAACAUAACGUUUCUAGCGAGCAUUCUUCCGUUUUUAAGGUAUGUUCCAGGUGAUCCAUUAAAGAUUAGGAAAGCAUUGAAGAAUGUUGAUGUGGUGGAAGAAUAUCUUUUUAAAAAUAUCAGUGAUCACAAAGAAAGCUUUGAUGAAAAUAAUGUCAGAGAUUUCAUCGAUGUGUAUUUGAAGAAAAUGAAAUCGGAAGAGAGCAACCCAAACACGACUUUUGAUGACGCACAAUUGAUAAAACUUUUGGGAGAUCUUUUUGUUGCUGGAACGGAAACAACAUCUACAGCACUUAGGUGGUUUGCUGUUUUCAUGAUCAGGAAUCCAGAAGUGCAGGAAAAGAUGCGCAAAGAAAUCAAUGACGUCAUAGGAAAUACGAGAUACCCUACUAUAAACGACAGACCAAAUCUACCUUAUACAGAGGCAGUCCUCCACGAAGUACUUCGUAUUGGAUGUAUCGUCCCUUUAUCUGUCCCUCAUGGAUUAAAAACUGAUUUAAAAUACAAAGAAUUUAUUAUUCCGAAAGAUGUUAUUUUAAUUCCUAAUUUAUAUUCCGUACUUUUUGACCCAGACGUGUUUGAAGAUCCGGAAGUCUUCCGACCUGAGAGAUUCUUGGAUGAUGAGGGAAAAUUGAUUAACACAGACAAAGUCUUGACAUUCUCAGUUGGUCGUCGUGUUUGUCUUGGCGAAUCCUUGGCUAGGAUGGAAUUGUUUCUGUUUGCUUCAUCUAUGGUGCAGCGAUUUAAAAUCCUUCCUGCUGACCCCAAACAGAUACCACCAUUGAAAGGGGUUCUCGGGGUGACUUAUGGUCCAAAAGACGUCUUAUUAAAGGCAACCAGUGUUUAGUUGUUUAAUUUCUUGUAUACAAAAUGCACAAACUUGAUUUUCUUAU